AUGGAAAACCCAUAUGAGCAAGUGCACCAGAGCAUCUUAUCCCGUAUCAUCAACAAUGUGGAAAGACUGAAUGAGAGCGUUAGCACGCUGAAUCAAGAGCUACAACACAUCAACGCCCGCAACGUGAACCUCGAAUUGAUGGGCCAGAUGUGUGAGAACUACCACAAGAGUGCGCAGUUCAACAUGAAAACCACCGGUCACCAGAGAGAACCGCUUUAA